AUGGCGGAACAAAGUAACCCGAACAACAAUUACGCACAGGGCCACUCCAACUAUACCGUGGCAACACACCUGACGCGCACGGCCGAGUCGGACGCCGCCUUCCUGCUGCCACACAUCAAGAAGACAGACCACAUCCUUGACGUCAUCGGCCACAUGAUGCCGCCGGACGUGGCGCGCCGGGCGCUGGCCGAGAUGCGAAGGGUGCUGAAGCCCGGCGGCCUGCUGGCCACGCGCGACGGCGCAGACCAGCACUUCUACCCGCGCAGCUCGGACCUCGACAGGCUGUGGGUGGGCAACUCGGCGAGGGUGCUGCGCAAGAGGGUUCCGGACGACGUUGACUCGCCAGGCACGAGCAUGCCGGCGCUGUUGCACAGCGUGGGCUUCGACGUCGGCGGCGGCAAAGUCCGCACCGGCGCGGGCACUGUAGUGUUCUCUGGUCUGGAAACCAGGAAAUGGUUGGCCUGGCGCGCGGCCGCCGCUGAAGCCCGGAGACGCCUGCCACCAGAGCUGGCUGGAUGCCGGCAUCACCCGGACGAGAUCCAGGAGACGCUGGUCGCUGUCCAGAAGUGGGCCGAGACCGAAGACGCCUGGUUCGCGGCACUGCAGUGCGAGACGCUUGCGUGGAAAUAA